AUGAGGAAUCUGACAAUUGAUUUUUUUCUCGCUGGGCUGUCUGAGCUUCCGGCUCUUCGUCUCCCUCUCUUUCUCUUCUUCCUUCUCAUCUACCUUCUGACAUUGGUCUGGAAUUUGCUGAUCAUUGUCCUCAUAGUCACCGACUCUCACCUCCAUGUUCCUAUGUACUUCUUUCUUGGGAACUUGGCUGGUUUGGACCUCUGUUGUUCUUCAGUCACCGGCCCACGAAUGUUAUUUGACCUUCAUACCCAGACAAGAAAUAUUACCAUCAUGGCUUGCAUAACCCAAGUCUUCUGUUUUAUAUCCUUUGCCUCCUCUGAAAUUUUUCUGUUGGCUGUUAUGUCCUAUGACCGAUAUACUGCUAUUUGUCAUCCAUUGCAUUACACACAGAUCAUGAAUUGGAAACUGUGUGUACAGUUGGCAUCCAUUGUGUGGUGUCUCGGUUUUGCCUAUUCUUUAGUUCUCACUCUUUGUGCCCAAAGGUUAUCUUUCUGUGGAUCACAUAUUAUAGAAAGCUUCUUCUGUGACCUUCCACAGUUGUUUCAGAUCUCCUGCAGUGACAUCUACAUCAACAUUCUGCUCACCUUUCUCCUGAAUCUAUCAUUCUUGGAGGGCACCAGCUUUAUCAUUACUUUCCUCUCCUAUGUCUACAUUUUCAAAACCAUCCUGAAAAUUACAUUGAAGGAUGGAAGACGGAAAGCUUACUCCACCUGCAGUUCCCACCUCACCGUGCUCUUCAUUUUUUACGGGACUGGGUUUUUCAACUACUUCCAACUCAAAACUAAGGAUGUUCUGCCCAAAACUAAGGAUUCUCUGGCAGGCAGAUUGAUCUCUUUAUUUUAUGCGGUUUUCACCCCUCUCCUAAACCCGCUUAUAUACAGCCUGAGAAACAGGGACCUAAAAGGAGCGCUUCAGAAAAUUCUGUUCAGAAUGAGAUCCAUGACCUGA